AUGGUCAUGGACGGACCAACACCUGAGCCCCGGAAAGCACCUCUUCGAACCAUGUCGAUUGCGCGGUUCAUUCCACGCUUUACCAAGCCGCGACUUGUCACCUCCCAUAUUCCCAUCUAUCGGCACUCGUUUUCUUUGCCGAUCAAGCAAAAAGAGCAAGAUCCUACGUCGUCGGCUAGUCCGGAAAAGCCCACAGAUUCCAACGCGCAGGCAAACAUACCAAGCAGCGCCUCGUAUGUGGAAUGGAGCAAGCUUCUGCCUGUGCCCUCAAAUUUUCUCGGUUCCUUCCGCGAGCUCUUCGAAGAGCAAACCACAAGCAUCCCUGUUCAGCAACACACCGCGACGGCCGAGCCGAAGCAAAUCAUCGCAACGUCGUCUGCACCAUCGGCUUCUCCACCACCGCGUUUGGUGUUCUUUGGAGAGCAGCAUCAUCAACCACAGGUCAUGCGUGCACAGCUGCAAACGCUCCUUGCGCUUCAUGAGCAAUGUCAGCAAGCUUCGCAGUCUCGCCCAGCACAUGGCAGCUCUCCGCCAAUUUACCGACUCCAUCUCAUCCUCGAACAAUUCUCUGUUCUCGAUCAGCACAUGCUCAAUUCAUUUUCCCUAGAUCAGCUUGGACCUGACGAGUUAGCAGAAACGUAUCACGCACAUAGUCAAGAGGCUUUUCAAAUUGGACAUUAUAUGCCUCUGCUCAUGCUCGCCAAAGAGCUACGUGUUCCCAUUUGGGGUGGUUUUCCUCCAAGAAGCUGGGCUAGGCAGGUCUUUCGCGAUGGCAUCGACUCUGUCAAGGCCGAUGAAGAGCGACGAGUAAAUCUGGCCAAGUCGUUCAAGGCUGCAACACCAGAAUCCACCCAGCAUCUCCCACCGACAAUUCCUAUCCCUACUGUGGUGCCCAGACCACCUUUGUUCACUUCUUGGAGUGCGGUAACCAAGAUCGGUGCGGCUCAUCGAAGCUACCUCUCUGGUCUCAUGAGACCCGACAUGCCGCCCCGCUUCCCCCAGUUGCCGUCUCCAUCCAACGAGACGUGGGACGCAGAUAACACAGCCCAUCUCUCAAUAUACCCUACCUGGCUUCUCAAGCCACACAUCAUCGAAACAAAAGGCUUUGGUCCCGCACAGGCACUCAAGGAUUCGUACCUUGCUCAUGUCACUGCUUGGAUUCUCUGCGGUGCAUGCACGGAUGUUCCGACCCCAGAUGACCCGAAUGGGCAGCCUGCUGGAGCGCAGUCUGACUCGUCUAGCCUCAACUCUACCUCCUCGCGAGCAGAGACGGAUGUUUCUGGUCGGCCCAUUGUUAAUAUUGCAUUGGUGAUUUGCGGUCUAGGUCACUGUGAGUACGGCUUUGGCGCGCCAGAAAGAGUCGUCGAACUACUAUCACAGCGAGGGACCCCGUCCUCCUCGGACGAUACCGCCACUUUGCUUCCCUACAUCAUAGCAAGCAAGCCUCUGGACUCGGGCAUCUGGCUCGGCCACGAACAUCAAAGUCAACCAUCGACAUCAGACGAUGCGAUUUCAAACGCCAGGAUUUCGCCUGCUGCAGGGGAAAUCUUCCAGCUAGAACCGUCACAAAGCACGCGCGCCUCAGUCGACAGAUGGCUCGCCGAUCCGUGGGGGCGUAAAUUGGCCGACGCCAUUGUGAUGUACGACUGGAUCGACGAUGAGCCGGAUCCAGAGGCAAGCACCAAUGCUGACGAACACCAGCCAGCUGCUAUCUAG